UUUUUUCUCAGACGUCACGCACGUUUCGGCAUCGCGAGAGAUAUCUGACGUAACACGUUAAAUAUCGUUUGCUACGAGGUGUGGGGAUUUAAUUUGCGGAUUGUUUUGGGCGAAGAUACGCUCCAAGUCAGUUGAUAAAGGCUUCUUGCUCCAAGUUACAACUUCGGAACAUUGGAAGUUGGAGGAAAAGCUGAUAGAUGACGUCAUCAAAAACACGAGGCUGUUUGUCCUCGCUGACUCCAGGGAAACCACGAACUCACUUCUUGUCGGGAAAAUGUCUUGUGUUUGUCGCAAGUGUGGCACUGCUGUGUGUUCUCGACUUCGCAUUAAAAUUGAAAGAGGGGACUCGGAGGGUGACAACUGAAAACUCUGGUACAUGGUCGGUUUUCAAGGCAAAGGAGUCCGACCAAACGACGAGUGGAAUAAACAUGACAAAGGAGCUGUUGAGAUUGGAUCCGACAAUCUUUGCCGAAAUCCCCCGUCAGACCCUCCCAGAUUUCAAGAACCCGUGUUGGUAUGAAAAGAUCCCAGAGGCAGAGUUAAACUCGAACCCGUACAGAACACACAAAAACUGUUACUCCGACAAGAAGACAAUGAAGAGCCUGAACAAGAUAGCAAAGCACUUCCGGGACGGACUGGUACAAAAUGGCACGGAAUAUUUUCGUUUGAGAUGUUUGCCGUACUUCUACAUCAUCGGCAUGCCCAAGUGCGGAACCUCCGACCUGUACCACCGUCUGACGAAGCACCCGGAUGUAGUAGGCGGGAUGAGAAAAGAGCCUCACUAUUGGACCAGAAGGUGCUUCGACAGUCGAAUGACCGGUGACAUUCCAAACGUGACAGUCCCUGUUAGAGAAUAUCUGGACCUAUUCGACGGAGCUGCGAGGAUCAUCAAGACACAGAUCAAAAAACAUUUGACUUCGUCGGGACAAAAGGUUGUCAAUCAUGACGUCAUCACAGGAGAAGCCAGCGUCUCCACGCUGUAUGACAACAGACGCUGGGGACGAGAGGCGUGGGACAUGUCUAGGAACGAGCCCAGUGUCCUAGUGGCUAGCCUACUCCAGGCCGUCCAACCACACGCCAGGUUCAUUCUCACUAUCAGAGACCCAACAGAAAGAUUAUACUCGGAGUAUCUGUACUUCACCCAUGGUGACAAGUCUGCGGCGAGUUUUCACGACAACGUCAUAGUCGCUAUUGAUGGGUUCAACAACUGCUUAAAGAACAACUCCGUCCGUUCAUGCACUUACGAACCCAACCUUGUCGAAAAACGAACCGUCAGACUGCGGCUGGGGCUGUAUGACGUGUACCUGCGGGACUGGUUCCACAUUUUCCCGCGGGACCAGAUCCUGGUGCAGCGGCUUGAGGAUCGCUCCCGGGAUCCCCGCGGGACCAUGAUGAGGGUCUUAGAGUUCCUACAGCUUGGACCUGUUGAAAGCAAAUCUCAGGAGAACGCCAUUUUCACAUUGAACAAGAAACACGUUCGGAAACCGAAGGACGCCCGAGUUGGCCCGAUGUUGCCGAAGACUCAGCGAAUGCUCAACGAGUUUUACCGACCAUAUAAUCAGCAGCUUGCGGACCUCUUAAACGAUAAGAGAUUUCUGUGGCUAAAAGAAAGCACUGUUUCAAACUUGUAAAAGUGUUAAUUAUUGGUUUAUUUAUGUGUAUACAUUUUGAAAUGCACACUUUUGCGAUUAUAGUUUCUCAGGUGGGUGAAUGAGAGAAUAAAAAGGUCUCAAAAGUAAUAAGGACAAUGUUGUUUUGAUAAUAUCCAUGACAUUUGCGUGCAUCACUUUCCAAGGUUGCUGCACAAUCAACCAGUAAAUAUGUGCCGUAACUUUAAAAAAUAUCGGGAAAAAAACACAGAUUGUAGAAUGCCAAAUUCAGCUUAGAAGUCAAAGAAGAUGUGAAUGAUCAAAAUUAAGAAUGUAUUCUUGGGUAUAGCAAA